AUGGCAGCAGCAAACAACACACCUUCUCUACCGGAUCACAUGCAGCCCGCCUACGUGGACAGGAUCCUCAAGCCACUGGAAAGCAGGAUUUCCGAACUCCUCGAUGAGUUUUGCCCAUCCAGUCAGGGAGCCGAGAGGCUGAACGAUAUAAAAAAGCUGGUGGUCAAUUACGUAGUCCUCCAGAUCCUCACGCAAACCUUCGACCCCAACCUCUGCGUCACGCCUCGCCCAAAGGAUCUGGCCCACGCCGAAGCGUGGGUGGAAAACUACUGCCACGAUUCGUCCAUCCACCUUGGCGGCGAGCCGCCGCAGAUUACGGGUCUCGCCGGCCAUGGCAAGGAGUUCUACUCGACGCUCACGCACAUCAUAGCCGACAUCGUGCCGGCCCUCAACUCGCAGGCGCUUUCCUCGCGCUACUACGGUUUCGUGACGGGCGGCGUUCACCCUGUGGCGCAGGCGGCUGAUAAUGUGGUCACGGCACUCGAUCAGAACGUGCAGGUUCAUUUGCCGACGACGCAUUCUAUAAGUACUGUCGUGGAACACCAUGCUCUUUCGAUGCUCCGCUCCCUCUUGGCUCUGGACGGGUUUCAGGGUAAGACCUUUACUACUGGCGCAACGGCAAGCAAUAUCAUGGGCCUUGCAUGCGGGCGGGAGGCGGUUAUCUCGGCAAGGCUGCCUGACUACGCAAAGACGGGAGGAGUAGGCGAGCUGGGGCUCGUGGGUGCGUGCAUGGCAGCGGGUGUGAGGGAAGUACAGAUUUUGACGAGCAAAGGUCACUCGUCACUUUACAAGGCGGCGAGUGUCGUGGGGUUGGGAAGGGCGGUGGUUAAGAUUUGGGGGUUCCCAGAUACGCCCUGGGUGUUGGAUCUGAAGGCCGUAGAGCGGGAGCUCAAGCGCGAAGGAGUGGCGAGCCUCAUCGUGGUGAGCGCGGGAGAGGUGAAUACCGGGCAGUUCGGGACGAGUGGCAAUGCCAUGAAGGAGCUGAGGAAGUUGGCCGAUCGAUACAAAGCGUGGAUCCAUGUUGAUGGAGCAUUUGGGAUAUUUGCUCGCGCUCUUCCCAAGGUCGACAGGUUCGCCAAACUUCGUGAGAGGACGGCUGGCCUCGAGUUGGCGGAUAGUAUAGCCGCUGAUGGUCACAAGUUGCUAAACGUGCCAUACGACAACGGCAUCUUCUUGUGCAGUAAACCUGAAGUUAUGAGCCAAGUUUUCCAGAACCCCAACGCGGCAUACCUAGCGCCAGUAGCCUCAACGUCAAGAUCUGGUACCGACACCGAGAUUCAAAGCCCCUUACACGUAGGCCUAGAAAACUCGCGAAGGUUCCGUGCCCUUCCUGUGUAUGCUUUGCUUCUACACCUCGGCCGCGAGAACAUGGGAGAAAUGCUGGCGAGGAUGGUUGACCUAGCACGGGAAAUCGCCGCCUUUAUCCGGGACUCGGACAAGUACGAGUUGCUUCCAGACGAGACAGGAGCUGAUAUCGAAUGCACGCAUAUCAUCGUCUUGUUCAAGGCGAAGAAUCCUGACCUUAAUGAGGUCUUGGUGGAAAAGAUCAACGAGACAAGGAGGAUGUAUGUGAGCGCGACAAAGUGGAACGGCGAGAAUGCGGUGCGCAUUGCGGUGGGAAGUUGGAAGGUUGAUGUUGAAGAAGAUUUUAAAGCAGUGAAGUCCGUGUUGAACUCGCUAUAG